GACCACCUCUAACUCUUAUUGUAAAGUGCGAAAUUUGCAACAAAAUUUGUACUUCCAUUUUGCGUUGGAUUUUUCGCAAUCCGUUAGUCACUAACUAAGCUAAAACAGCGCCCGGAGCGUGCGGGAAUCAGUCGGCAGCCGUGUAAAUAGUCCAAAAGUGCGUGGGAAAGCGAAAAACAAGGCGGAAUGCCGCUUGUGCAAAAGCCACACUCACUCGCAUUCAUAUUACGACGCAACCACGAAGCAGUGCAGCUAAAGAGGCGGCAAAAACGGGAAGAAGAGGCAGCGCGCAGAAAGUGAAUCGGAAACAGAAUCAGAAAACAGAAGCUUUUUGACUUUUUGGCAAUAUUUGAUUUUCGCUUGCGAAUAUUAAGUAGAAAGAGGAGUUUAAAGUUGGAGUCGUUCGACGAUAUUUAUCCUUUUCUGAUCACGCGGUUUUUCGGAAGCGUAAAAUAAUCAGGCAUCGCAACAAUUUAGUGUUCCCAUUUUGAAGUUCUUUCUUCCCCUAUAAGUGCUUAAGUCGUGCUAACAAAAAAAAAUUAACAAAGGAAUCAAAUGCAUAUAUUAGAUAUACAACAACAAAAAACCAAAGUGUAAUUAAAGGAAUAAGUGAAAAAGAGAGGAAAUUAACAUCGCGCUCAACUUUAAAACUUAAAAUUGGUAGCAACAACAACACCACGCUCGUGAGAAAGAGACGGAGCUAGAGAGCGCGAGCGCAGCUCCUUUGGCCUUCUCCUUUUGUUCUUGUUAUUUUUGUUGUCUUAGUGUAGUUGUUGUUGUUGUUGUUGCUGCGGCUGCUUGAAAAUCGACGCAAACUGUUCAACUGUCAUGGCCGGUAAUGGAGAGGCGUCCUGGUGCUUCUCACAGAUUAAAGGCGCCCUAGACGAUGAUGUCACGGAUGCGGACAUCAUAUCCUGCGUGGAAUUCAAUCACGAUGGCGAACUGCUGGCCACUGGUGACAAGGGCGGUCGCGUCGUCAUCUUUCAGCGUGACCCUGCCUCGAAAGCCGCCAAUCCGCGACGCGGCGAAUACAAUGUCUAUUCGACAUUCCAAUCGCACGAGCCCGAAUUCGAUUACCUCAAGUCGCUGGAGAUUGAGGAGAAGAUCAACAAGAUUCGGUGGCUGCAACAGAAGAACCCCGUGCACUUUCUGCUCUCGACCAACGAUAAGACGGUCAAGUUGUGGAAGGUCAGUGAGCGCGACAAGUCGUUCGAGGGCUACAACACGAAGGAGGAGAACGGCCUGAUCCGCGAUCCACAGAACGUGACGGCCCUGCGGGUACCAUCCGUAAAGCAGAUACCGCUGCUGGUGGAGGCCUCUCCACGACGCACCUUCGCCAAUGCACACACCUAUCACAUCAAUUCAAUUAGCGUUAAUUCGGAUCAGGAAACCUUCUUGUCGGCCGACGACCUGCGCAUCAAUCUAUGGCACUUGGAGGUGGUCAACCAGAGCUACAACAUCGUCGACAUCAAACCAACCAACAUGGAGGAGCUAACGGAGGUGAUCACGGCGGCCGAAUUCCAUCCGACCGAGUGCAAUGUGUUCGUGUACUCGAGCUCCAAGGGCACAAUACGAUUAUGUGAUAUGCGAUCGGCGGCGCUAUGCGACCGGCACAGCAAACAGUUCGAGGAGCCCGAGAACCCAACGAAUCGCAGCUUCUUUAGCGAAAUAAUCAGCUCCAUCAGCGAUGUGAAGCUGAGCAACUCGGGUCGCUACAUGAUCUCCAGAGAUUACUUGAGCAUCAAGGUUUGGGAUCUGCACAUGGAAACAAAGCCCAUUGAGACCUAUCCGGUCCAUGAAUACCUGCGCGCCAAAUUGUGCUCCCUGUAUGAGAACGACUGUAUCUUCGACAAGUUUGAGUGCUGUUGGAACGGCAAGGACAGCUCAAUAAUGACCGGAAGCUACAACAACUUCUUCCGCGUGUUCGACCGCAAUUCGAAAAAGGAUGUGACGCUGGAGGCGUCCAGGGAUAUCAUUAAGCCGAAGACGGUGCUGAAGCCUCGGAAAGUUUGCACUGGAGGCAAACGGAAGAAAGACGAGAUAAGCGUGGACUGCCUCGACUUUAACAAGAAGAUCCUGCACACCGCCUGGCACCCGGAAGAAAAUAUCAUCGCCGUGGCUGCGACCAAUAACCUAUUCAUAUUUCAGGAUAAAUUUUAGCCAACACUCUUCACAAGAACCACACCAUACGCCACAAUCACAGCAACUUUAACUACAGAAACACCAACAACUACGAACACGCCUCAUUCUAUUGUUAAUUCAAUCGGUUUGUUUCAGAAGCGUUUUCAAAUUUCACUCGCAAUUCGAUUGUUUGCCUAACACCAUUACCUCAGACCCCACCAUCCAUCCACACCCUAUUUUUCCCUUCCCGCCUCCCAAAAACCAAUUCAACAAAAAUCCUACAUCAUACAUAAUGCCAUAGCAAAAGCUUUGUAAUGUAUUUUUGCGCUAAAUGCGUAUAACGAGAAACAAAACCAGAAACUUAAGAAAAAGAAACAAAUUUUUAUACAUAAACAUUUAUAAAUAGUAAAGCGUAAAGUUGAUUUCUUGUAGCGCAAUUCGAAAAAAAAUCACAAUAAGAGUAACAUUUAAUAAGAACGGUUGAUUUUCCCGAAAUUUUUGUAUAAUUAGCGCCAGCGCCGAAGUAUUUGUAAUAAAAGAUAAUAAUAUACAACUUAUAAAAAAUCAUAAAAUGCAUAUUGUAAUAUUUUUUCUGUUCGCUUGUUAAGUUUACGAACUAUGCGCCCUGUUUGCUCUUCUUUAUAAACAUAGACUAAACAUGAAUUUCCGAUUGUUUAUUUGUUUGACAACGUUCAUUCCAUGCAAAAGGAGACGAUAAACUGCGGAGCUUAUCGAUCGAUUAUGUCUCAUUUUAAAUCUCACCAAUGUCAGCAAUCGAACAGCCGGAAUUGUCUCAGUCUAACCAAUUCAAAAUGCUCAUUUAAAAACUUUAAAUCACUAAGAAUCCAAUGCUAGACCAGAAAGCAGAAGUCAAAGAAGAGGCAGACGCGGAAGAAGUAUGAAAUAAAUGCAUUGAUAACGUAUGCAUUGCAGUAAAAAAGAUACAUAUAUACAUAAAAACGCAGCCUAAGUUUAAAAUACAAUUUAGUGUUCUCAAUUCGUUUAAUUUAAUAUCUAUCUAAAAUGAGAAAAAAAACAAACAAAAAGAAAACAACACUAUUUUUAUACGCUACAUUUAAGCUAAGUAUUGCUACUUUUAGUUCAACUAUGCGUGCGUGCGUCCAAGACCAAUUCUCACUUAUAGUCUGCCUGCCCCUUGGCCCCGCCCCCCUUUUCAUCGGUCAACGACUUUUCCAGCCUCUUUAUUGUUUUGUAAAGUUUCUUUUAUCCAUUGUCAUGUUUUCCAUAAAGAACUAUAAACAAAACUGAACCAUUUUUAUAGGUUAUCUAGUGUCUAGUGUUAACAAAAAAAAAAAAUAAAAUAUAAACAAAAACCAUUAAUGAAAAUAAACGUAAAUAAAUAAACGAUGCGCGAAAAAUGUUAAACGAAAAAACUCUGAAAAAUUUACGGCAGCAAGUUCAAAAUACUGAAAUGUAAACGCAUAAAAUGAUGAAAUAAAAACUUAAACAACAUAAA